AUGCGGCCCGCAGGGACUGGACUAUGGCUGUGUCUGGCCUUGACCCUGGGCCUGGGCCUGGUCAGCCCCCUGGCUGUGGGGUGGGCCUCGGCCCGGGUCCCAAUCUAUGUCAACAGCUGGGCCGUGCGGGUGUCCCAGGGGAACCAGGAGGCCGAACGCCUAGCGCGCAAGUUUGGCUUCAUCAACCUGGGGCAGAUCUUCCCUGACGGGCAGUACUUCCACCUGCGGCACCGGGGCGUGGUCCAGCACUCCCUGACCCCUCACUGGGGCCACCGCCUGCGCCUGAAGAAAGAUCCCCAGGUGCGGUGGUUUGAGCAGCAGACACUGCGGCGGCGGGUGAAGCGCUCCCUGGCAGUGCCCACAGACCCCUGGUUCCCAAAGCAGUGGUACAUGAACAAUGAGGUGCAGCCGGACCUGAACAUCCUGCAGGUGUGGGGCCAGGGGCUGACGGGACAAGGCGUCGUGGUCUCCAUCCUGGACGAUGGAAUUGAGAAGGACCACCCAGACCUCUGGGCCAAUUACGAUCCCUUGGCCAGCUAUGACUUUAACGACUAUGAUCCAGACCCCCAGCCUCGAUACACACCCAGCAAUGAGAACCGGCAUGGGACCCGCUGUGCUGGGGAAGUGGCCGCCCUCGCCAACAACGGGUACUGCGGUGCUGGUGUAGCCUACAACGCCCGAAUUGGAGGCGUGCGCAUGCUGGACGGCACCAUCACUGACAUCAUUGAGGCCCAGUCACUGAGCUUACAGCCUCAGCACAUCCACAUCUACAGCGCCAGCUGGGGCCCUGAGGAUGACGGGCGCACCGUGGACGGCCCCGGCAUCCUCACCCGGGAGGCUUUCCAGCGAGGCGUAACUAAAGGUCGUGGCGGCCUGGGCACCCUAUUCGUCUGGGCGUCAGGCAAUGGCGGGUUGCACUAUGACAAUUGCAACUGUGACGGCUACACCAACAGUAUCCACACGCUGUCGGUGGGGAGCGCCACCCAGCAGGGCCGCGUGCCCUGGUACAGCGAGGCUUGUGCCUCCACCCUCACCACCACCUACAGCAGCGGCGUGGUCACCGAUCCACAGAUCGUCACCACGGACCUGCACCAUCAAUGUACAGACAAGCACACGGGCACAUCAGCCUCGGCCCCGCUGGCAGCGGGCAUGAUCGCCUUAGCUCUGGAGGCCAACCCCUUCCUGUCCUGGAGGGACAUGCAGCACCUGGUGGUCCGCGCAUCCAGGCCAGCGCAGCUGCAGGCAGAGGACUGGAGGACCAAUGGUGUGGGUCGCCAAGUGAGCCACCACUAUGGUUACGGACUGCUGGACGCUGGACUGUUGGUAGACAUGGCCCGCACCUGGCUGCCCACGCAGCCCCAACAGAAGUGCACGAUCAGCGUGGUGCACACCCCCAUCACCAUGUCGUCGCUGAUGCAUGUGCAGAAGAACGUGACGGCCUGUACAGGCCUCCCCAACUAUAUCCGCUCGCUAGAGCACGUGCAGGUGCGCCUGUCCCUGUCCUACAGCCGCCGCGGCGACCUGGAGAUCAGGCUCACCAGCCCCAUGGGUACCCACUCCACGCUUGUGGCUGUCAGGCCUUUUGAUAUCAGCGGUCAAGGCUACAACAACUGGAUCUUCAUGUCCACCCACUUCUGGGAUGAGGACCCGCAGGGAGAGUGGACCCUAAUCCUAGAGAACAAGGGCUAUUAUUUUAACACGGGGACGCUGUACCGCUACACGCUGCUGCUCUAUGGGACGGCUGAGGACAUGACCGUGCGACCCACGGGCUCCCAGGUGACCAGCAGCGCGUGUAUGCGGCGGGACCCACAGGGGCUGUGCCAGGAAUGUCACAGCCCCACCUACAUCCUGGACCACCUCUGCCUCUCCCAUUGCCCACCCCGGUACUUCAGCCACACCCAGGGGUCAGUAACACCGGGGCACAAGCCCCCAGGCUCCUCUGCCAUGCGGGUCUGCACCAGCUGCCACCCAUCAUGCUACACCUGCCGUGGCAACUCCCCACUGAACUGCACAAGCUGCUGGCCCUCACACACCCUGGAUGAACUUCAUGGCUCCUGCUUAGGACCUGCCACCCCUGCCGGUCACCCACUGCCCACUGCCACCAGCCAGCCUCACCACCCCUGGGGCCGGGCCAGGGCCAUGCUGCUGGUCCUGCUGGUAGUAGCCUUUGGGACCCCCCUCUUCAGUGGUGUCCUCCCUAACACUGAGGUCCAGAAGCUCAUUUACCCAGCUCAGAAGGGCCAAGACUCGCACUCACACUCAACCGCGACGACGCGCCUCCCAGCCCAGGUCUCCUCCGAGGCUGAGCUGGACCUGCGAGGGGCUUCCGUCGCUUUCUAG